AUGCCCACACUCGUCUACGUGAACAUCCCUGCUGGGCACAAAGCCGUUGUCUACGCUCUCACCCCACGCGUCUACAAAACGGACCUGCACGUCUUGCACCACAACCGGGUCCUCAAAACGCUCACCAAGACCAAGUACGACAAGAACGCCGCUGCAUGGCUGUGCGCCGACGGUCAAGAAGUCGUUCACCUUGGCGAGUUUCCCCAGGGCGCGCAGCUGGCACUCCAGAUGGGGGUCCAGAAGAGCAGCACGGGGACCGUCGUAACGCCAUAUGAGCUGGAUGAGGGAACUUUGCAAGGAAACACUAUGAAAUUUGGCGCAAACAACGUCUACGACGGCAUCGGCCAAGCAGAAAUGGUCGUUGUUCAGUGGUUCCCUAUUAACCCUCCUGCACCUGCACCUGCACCAACGACGACGUACCGUUCUGGCCAGUACUCGGGAUACUCGGGCUAUUCGGGCUACCAAGGCUACCCAGCAUAUGGCAUGUAA